UCACCUAGUGGGAAGUUAUGCAUUUCAGAUGAGAGGAAAUUACGUUGUGACUGAGUCUUCCCAACCAAUCAACACUCGCAGCGCAGAAUUGGAAAGUCAAUCAGGCCAGCAGAGUUGUGGCUAGCUAUUUUACCACGUUAUGAGAAUUUGUUGAGAAAUAAACAUAUUUAAAUAAAAUUGCAUUGCACUGUUUAUAACCGAGGAGGUAAGUCAGCGAGUAUAUGUUAUGUUACUUUUAUUCGCAAUGGAUAAACAACAUUCAGCCCUGAGGCCGGGGCUAAAACGCGACACUGGACAAAUGUUAAUUCUCUCGCCUUCUAGUGAUCCUACCAUUUACAUUCAACCAUGGUGAGGGAACGGGGGCAAAAAAAGUAUUUUCAGCAAAGCCUGGAUGACAUCAAGGAAAAGAUGAUAGAGAAGAGGAACAAACGCCUAGCAUGCGCCUCUGCAGCCAACAGAGGACGGUCCAAAAGGAUAAGCAAAACCAGUGGUGAGAUUCCCAUGGUGAAGCCGAUGAUCCUGAAGAACGUGCAGAUCAACAACAAAGCCCUGGCUCUGGCCCUGCAGGCAGAGAAGGAGAAGGUGAGGCAGGCCAAUGGUAUCAUCCUGCAGAUGAAGAGGGAACAGCAGGCUCUCUUCCUCCUCCUGCUCAAGAGGAGGCUCAAAGACCAGGAGGCGCAGGCAAGCAAUGUACAGACUGGACCUGCACAGCUCCUUGCUGAACCACCAAAGCCAGUGGACUCCUCCACCUCAGACCCUCAGUUUCACGAAGGGGCGGGUCAAAGCGAGAGUGAUGGGCAGGUGACAUUGCCACGGACAGUGGGUGUGAGAUGCCGCUGGCUGGAGGGCAGCAGGAGGCGAUCUGAGCGUGUGCAGGAAGGGUGCCGUUCCUCGUUCUGUAAGCAGAACCACAGUUCCCCUACAGAACCUCUCAUACCGGAAGAGACAGAGAACCCCAUACAGGAAGUAAAGACCGAGAAAGGCAAUCCAAUUGGCUCAGAGGAGUUCCAGCAGCACUCCACCCCAGGGCCACCAGCUAAACCAGCCAAUCAGCAGCAGCAACCCCGGGCCAAACCGAAACAGGCCCAGCCACCGCGGCCCAAACCCGAACUGGAGAGGGGCCGCAAACCAGACUGCCCUCCUCUGAAGAAACCCUGGGAGACCUCUAAACCCAGAGCCCGGUCCAAGAGCCAGGACCGCUCGGCUACGCGGACCAAAGCCGGGGCGGGAACCACUGCACUUCUCAACACCUCCCUCAACACAUCUCAGGGAUUCAACGACACCUUCGACUGCGAGGACUGGGUACACCUCACCCCCUUCAAGGGUGACGGGGGCAAGGAUAACCCCCCAGCCACACCUAUACAGGAGGAAGAGGCAGAGAGGGGACAGACCCUGAAAAGGACUCGGUCAUCACCGGAGUCUAGUUCAUCUUCUGAGUCAGAACACAGCCCCUACAUUCCUCAGAAACGGAAGAGACAGUACCCUCCGGACCAGGCCAAGCCCGCCCUCGCUCGUAGAGCCAGAGGGCAACCCUCCAAAGCAGCUACAGACAAGGAGAGUGCCCCCCCACUCAAACGAGAGUCGUUACAUGUAUCCAGAAUGGAGGUCAGUGCCACCCCUGUGGUCCUUGACAAACAACUCAAGGAAGAACCAGAAAAGAGACAGAGACAGAGCUUGAUUCAGAUCCUCUUGUCUGUGGUUGCCAUGGAGGCCAGCUCGUCUAAGUUAGAGGAUAGCCCCUAUGUUCCUAAAAGCCGUGGCGUAUGGAAGACACAGGGCCCUACUCGCAGGGGACGGCACCUUAAAGCAGACAGAGUCAAGGAGAACAUCCCCCCCUCCGAAACAACUGUCUUAACGUGGUACAGAAUGUUCAGAAGAGUAGAUCCCUGUCCUACAGCUGGGCCCGCUGAGGUCCCUGACAUAGAACACCAACUCCCAGAAAUCCCUGGGAGUGUCUUUGUUGACAGUCCUGGUCCAAUGGCAGAGCAAGGUCUUGAGGGUCACACAGAGCACCACAGAGUAGAUGGCGAGGAGGCUCUGCUUCCUGUCACUCCAGGACUGGAGGAGGAGAUGAUGAGGAUCGCCAACGUCCUGCCUGGUUUCAGGGUCUCCCCCUGUGAGCCUCCUGGUCCUGGGGUAUCGACAAGCAGCACCCCCCAGAACCACGCUGCACUGAUCUCCAAAACAUGCAGGAGGACAGGUGGGCUUGGUGUCAGAGCUAGGCGGGGUUUCAGUCUGAUUGAUGUGACCAAUAUUACCCCUGCUGCCUAUCGGAAGUUCUCUUUAAAGAGCUCCCGCCCUUCAGACCGAUGCUCCAUCUCCGCCCGCAAGAGGAGGUCCACGAUAACAGUGGACUACAAAGAGCCGUCGCUGCACGCGAAACUGAGGCGUGGAGAGAAGUUCACAGACACCAUGUUCCUCCGCUCUCCCAUCUUCAAACCUAGGAAGUCCAUGAAGACCCAGCCGUCAUUGGAGAAUACGAGUCUUUUGUGGGAUGUCGCUAACAUGUGCUUUAUGUCCACACAUUGAACACACGUUUUACCCAUUCAAAUUUGUUUGAGUGUUAGUUUGGCACCUGUGUUUGUGGUAAAUUAAGUUUUUUGUCCAAUGAAAUAAUGGAAGGCAGCUUCAAUUGUGGUUCAUUCUUUGUUCUUAUCAGUAGGCUGAAUUUAGCCAAAUCAUCAGGGGCAUUGGAGAUGUUCAAGUAUGUCUCCCCAAAAUCUAUAUUCUCUCCAUCUGCCUGUUUCAUGAUGCCUGUAUUGAUUGUUAGCCACCUGUAGAGGGCGAUGUUAGAACAGCAUUCUGUCGGACGACAUCAUGUUCCUCAUCUACUGUAUGGUUGUGUUCAGUUCACUGUUGUACAAAAAUGUUUAGCUUGCCUUUUCUAGAACUUUGAUUAUUCAUUUGCUUCAUGCUGCUGUUUUCAUGUGUAAGAUGUUUUGGUUUUAUGAGUAAACAUUCAGUCCAUGAUUCCUAUUCAGCUGAGUCUUUAAUG